AUGGCCUGCCUCACGGCCAGUGGUCUCUGGGUGUUACCAGACAGGGCUCACCUGCCAAGGAGGAAAGCCGCAGGCCUGUUGCCUGCCGCCUCCACGGACUUCGACGCCCGGCACCGUCUUGCCCAGUGGCUUUUUGAACAUGAGAAACAGCCGCCCGGGGAAACUGGUGGCAGCCGAGUUGUUUGGCUACACGCACUGGCGCCGUGGCUCUCAGACAGGAAGAAAAGAGCUUUACAGAAGAAAGAUGUGGAUAUCCGUAGAAGAAUUGAACUUAUUCAAGACUUUGAAAUGCCCACCGUUAGCACAAAGAUUAAGGUGUCAAGAGAUGGACAGUAUGUUAUGGCAGUUGGAACUUACAAGCCAAGGGUCCGCUGUUUUGAUACCUAUCAGUUAUCCCAGAAAUUUGAAAGAUGCUUAGAUUCUGAAGUGGUUACAUUUGAGAUUUUAUCAGAUGAUUACUCAAAGAUUGUCUUCCUGCAGUGCGACAGGUUUGUGGAGUUUCAUUCGCAACAUGGCCAUUACUACAGAACAAGAAUACCAAAAUUUGGUAGAGAUUUCUCUUAUCACUAUCCAUCGUGUGACCUGUAUUUUGUAGGAGCAAGUUCUGAAGUAUACAGGCUAAAUUUGGAACAAGGAAGGUUUCUGAACUCCCUGCAAACUGAUGCUUCAGAGAGUAAUAUCUGUGACAUAAAUCCUGUACACUUCUUGUUUGCUAUGGGGACAGCUGAGGGUAAAGUGGAAUGCUGGGAUCCUAGAACUAGAAAUCGAGUUGGGCUGUUGGACUGUGCUUUAAGCAGUGUGACAGCAGACACAGAGAUAGAUGGUCUACCAUCCAUUUCAGCACUGAAAUUUGAUGGAGCUUUGAAUAUGGCUGUUGGAACAUCUACUGGGCAGGUUUUGUUAUAUGAUCUCCGGUCUAGUAAUCCAUUAAUAGUCAAAGAUCACCACUAUGGCCUGCCUAUUAAGUCAAUUCAGUUUCAGCAUCAGUUGGAUUCAAUUAUCUCUGCAGAUUCUCGAAUCAUAAAAAUGUGGAACAAAGAUACAGGGAAGAUACUUACUUCAAUGGAGCCAGAAUGUGAUAUCAAUGAUGUCUGCCUGUAUCCAAAUUCAGGAAUGCUAAUGACUGCCAAUGAAGCCCCUAAAAUGAAUAUCUAUUAUAUACCAGUUUUAGGACCUGCCCCAAAAUGGUGUUCCUUCUUGGACAACUUGACUGAAGAACUGGAAGAGAAUCCAGAGAGCACAGUUUAUGAUGAUUACAAAUUUGUUACCAGAAAAGACCUUGAAAAUUUAGGCCUUUCUCAUCUCAUUGGAUCAUCAUUGCUCAGAGCAUAUAUGCAUGGCUUUUUCAUGGACAUAAGACUUUAUCAUAAGGCAAAAAUGAUGGCCAACCCCUUUGCCUAUGAAGAAUACAGAAGAGAGAAAAUAAGGCAGAAGAUAGAAGAAACACGCGCACAGAGAGUUCAGCUAAAGAAACUUCCAAAAGUCAAUAAAGAGCUUGCACUCAAACUGAUUGAAGAAGAAGGAGAAGAGCAACAGGUUACUAGAAAAAGGAAACAGAAGAAUCUGCCUAGCCUUCUCAAAGAUGAUCGUUUUAAGGUCAUGUUUGAGAAUCCAGAUUACCAGGUGGAUGAGCAGAGUGAAGAAUUUAGGCUACUUAACCCACUUGUUUCUAAAAUAAGUGAGAAAAGAAAGAGGAAACUAAAGAUCUUAGAGGAACUGGAAGCACAAGAACAGGAAGAGGAGGAAGAACCAGAAGGAAAAGCAAGUGAUGCAGAAAGUUCUGAGAGUUCAGAUGAUGAAAAAGGCUGGGUUGAAGAGGUCAGGAAACAGCGCAAGCUUCUACGCCAAGAGGAAAAAGUAAAGCGGCAGGAAAGGUUCAAGGAGGAUCAGCAAACAUUACUGAAACCUCAUUUUUUUGAGAUUAAAGAAGGAGAGGAAUUCAGAAGCUUCAAAGACUCUGCCAAAAAACAAAAAUUAAUGAAGAAAACUCUUGAAGAUCGUCUAAAGCUUGAAGAAAAACUUGGCACGCUCAAUGUGUCUGAUACCACAGUAGGCAGCAAACAGGCAACAUUCAAAUUAAAGAAGUCAGAGCAACAAAAGAAACAGCAGGAAGCUGAGAAACAACAUCGUCAAGAGAGGAAAACUCUUAGGCGUUCUGCUAGUCAUCUCAAGAGCAAGCGUGGAAGAGGACGUCUGUUUCAUUGAUUUAUUUUAUGUUAUUUUUUUAAAGAAACUUUUAAUCUCAUUUUUCAUCGGAAAAAGGGACUUUUUCAAAUUGGGACACAGUACCAAUGUAUUUAUAUUUUCAUUCAUUGAUGAACACAAAAACCAGAACUUGCUAAACCCUGUGUUAAUUAUUGAAAAUUUUAUGAAAGUAAAAGUAUUAACCAAAGGACGCUAUGAGUAUGGUGUGUUAUAAACUACAGCGUGAACUGUAUUUGUGCAGAAAUAGCCAGCAACUGGUUAUUGGGUAACCGUGGAUGUUUUCUAUAUAAGAAUUUAUGAUACACCAAGGCUGCCUGUCGUUUAUUUAACUUAAGAGCUGUGGGUUUUUGCUUUCUGAAAUCUUUAUUUGUGACUGCUUAGAUAGAAGAUCAAGGGUAAGUUAUUUUGUCUAAAAGCUUAUCCAUACAAGGGCACAACAAAUUUUUCUUUUAUGGUUCUUGAAGGAUGAUGAACAGUUAUGUUUUUCAAAAACCGACUUUAUAUUCUUGGGCUUUAUAUUCUUGGGUUGCCAGGAGGAGGUACAAAUGGUCGUCAUGAGGGCAACUGAGAAUGCCUGAUUUAAGUUCCUCUAAGUCACUCUAUAAGGAAACCUCUUGCCACACCAAUGUACAAAGGGGAAUCUCAUAAGGAUAGUCUUACUAAGUUAAAUUUUGUGAAUAUUGCCUUUACUCAGAAUCCUUAGGACCAGGUUUAACAAGUUUUGGUAAGCCAGCCGUGGUUCAACAUAAAUAAGUGGCAUAUGUUCACAUAACAAGCACAUUAAGGCCAUGCCAGUAGCCUCCUAUUCUUCAGAAAGUUAGUUUAGUUAAAUAAGAAACUAGAACCUAUGAUAAGGAGGUGAUUGAUUCUUUUCUAUGUCUUCUUUUUGAUUCCCAGAAGAAUGCUUGUUGCUAACCAGGAUACAGCAUCUCUUCUUGAUUUUAUUUUUUAUAUCUUGGAAACCCAUCAUUUACGUAAGUAGUUCACUACUUAAGCAAAGAAAUUAAUUUUUACCUUUGAUCCUCAAGGAGCUUUUUAGAAGGCUUUAUAAAUUGUCUCUUUGCUAAAUCCAAAAAACUGAACUUUGGAUCCAACAAGAAUCAGUGAAUCUCUCCAUCACUGUAAAUCUCUUUAAGAGACUUGGAGGUUCUUAAGUGUUUUGCUUUAUAAACCAGAGAGGUUAUUAAUCUGGUCAGGUCUCCUGGACAGUAUUUACUGUAGAAUUUUUGCAGUUAUUUCAGUAAAAACUUUGGUUUCUCAUAGCCUGAUGCUUUUUUAAAAUUUAUUUUUUUUAGAUGGUAGAAUAAUCAGUCACAUGGUUAGAUUUAUUUUCUUCUCCCUGAUUUAAUUUUACCUGCUUUAAUUCCUUGCUUCUGUUUUUAAUUAUAUUGUUUCCUUUAAUUUAAAAAUGCCUUUUGCACCUGGUAUUUUCAUCUUUAAAACAUACAUUGUAAUCGUCACCUCUCUGUCUUUGCAUUCAACUAAAAGAUGAGUGUCUCAAUACCUAUUUUUUUAUCUCUAGUUGUCAAAUUUCUGCAUUGUCCGUAAGCUUCUUAUGCUUUGUAUUUAACACAGAACUAUCCAGUAUUCAAAUCUCAGUCUCACCCAUGCUGUAUAUCAAGAAGAACCAUUAUUUCUCUUUAGCCACUGAGAAAAUGUAAUGCAGUUGUGGUUGCUCCAGGGUAUGUCCCUCUUUUUGGAGUCUUGUCUUUUGAUAACGUUCAAGCCUUUGAAAUCCAAAUGCAAUGACAAGUUAAAGUUUGUAGUAGUGCAACAUCUUUCCCCUGGAGCAUUGUGUUAUCUCUUAGGAAUUAUCUCCAUGCAAUUCAGGUGUGUUUGCUUUGUAUACAUGGCUAUACUGAAUGUGGAAAGAUUAAUGGUGGAAACUUGCCACGAUUCUGGUUGAUACAGGGAGAAUUGGGGAUUAGGUGGACAGAACUGGCACUGUAAGAACAGGAGUUUGGAGGAGUUUGCUCCUUCUCAUCAUAGGCCUAAAUACCAUUAUGUUUGAUCAAGAGCUAGAGGUGCGUUUAUGGUUUAAGGCAUCCUUAUUUCAGCAGUGAUUUUGCUGGCUGUCAAGAGCAGUAAAAAAAAAAAAA